AUGGCUGAUCAGUACCUUGGGAAAUACAAUACUAUUCUCUACUUUGCUAUCGUCUACGAUUUUGAUCUGCUCAUACUCGUCACAACAGCGCUUCCCGCCCCUAUUACAGGUGGCGCUUCUUUGGGAGGACUCAAUGCGGCCAUGAUUGAAAUAGGUCUUGGAACAGGAGGUAUCAAGUCGAACGUGAGCCGACUGAUCGCUGAACAAUACACCAACACCAAACAAAAGAUCAAAGUCCUGAAAUCAAGAGAAAAAGCAAUCGUCUAUCCCGCCAUCACAAUUCAGCACAUCUACAUGAUCUUCUAUCUUUGCAUCAACAUGGGCUCUCUUUCCUCAAUCGCGACGACAGAGACGGAAUUACAUAUCCACAUCUGGGCUGCCUAUCCUCUAUCGUUGUGGUUGUUCCUUGUAGGCUUUAUUGUCCUCCUCGUGGGCAAGAAACACUACGUCCAGCGACCGCCACGUGGGUCAGUUAUCCUUCACGCCUUCAAAGCAAUUGGAUUGGUCUCACCUACAAGUUUAAUAUGUACGCCGCCAAACCGUCCUUCCAAGACCACAAUGGCGGCUCCUCCACCGUCCAAUGGGACGAACAUUUCAUCCUCGAGAUCAAACGAGCCCUCACUGCUUGCCGAGUCUUCGUUUUCUUUCCCGUCUAUCGGCUCGUCUACGGCUGAAUGCUCAGCAGCUUCAUCUCCCAGCCCGGCCAAUAUGCAACUCCACCGCAUUCCCAACAACAUCAUGCAAAACGUCGACCCCUUGACUUUUAUCAUCCCCAAUCCCAUCGUGGACCGCGCCGUGUACCCGGAUCUUCGGAAGAUAGGCAUCCCCUUCAAACCCAUUACUCGCAUCGCAUUUGUAUUCAUCUUCGCCGCCUUAGCAAUGGCUUACGCCGCUAUUGUGCAACACCUCAUCUACACCUCCCCACCGUACUAUACGGCACUUCUAGAAUGUACCGGCAGUAACGACGGUGCAAUCCACAACCAAAUCCACGUUACUGUCCAAAAACCCGCAUACCUCUUGAUUGGCCUCUGA